CGCCAAGAUGGCAUCUCACAGCCCCAACGAAGAGGGCGCAUUGAGCAACUUUCCGCAAGACCCGUCCGAUUUCGACAGCGACCCUCGAAUCUCGUUCUCAAAGCUCGACGACAAAUUCAUAUUGGAAACAGAUGAUGGACAGGAGUUUGAAUACGAUACAAAACUGAAGCGAUGGGUUCAGACGGUCGAUGAUGAGUUGCUUCGACAACAACAAGAAGCCUAUAAAGUACAAGGAGUCGAUGAGAAUGAGCUGGUUACUGCGCAGCAUCUGAAGAAGAAGCGGAAACAGCAAGGGAAUCUGGAUGGGCCCAACGCGCAAAAACCCAAGAAGCAGCGUGUCAAUACGGCGAUUUAUGUGACUUCGAUCCCCCUCGACGCUGAUUUUGAAGAAAUUCGGGAUACUUUCUCCAAAUGCGGUGUUAUCGCAGAGGAGAUUGACAGUGGUCGACAGCGAGUUAAGAUGUACACGGACGACGAUGGGAAAUUCAAGGGCGAAGCUCUUAUCGUGUACUUUCGUCCAGAGUCUGUCAACCUUGCGAUUCAAAUGUUGGAUGAUUCGGACUUCAGACUGGGAGUGACGGGACCCAUGGGGCCUAUGAGGGUCCAGGCCGCCGAUUUCUCCUUCAAGAGCCAGCAGGAGGCACCGCAGAAGACCAGCAUGAAAGAUAAGAGGAAGAUUAUUCAAAGGACUCAGCGGUUAAAUAACAAACUUGCUGAUUGGGAUGAUGAUGAUCCGUCGGCGAUGGCUGACACGAGCUCCAAGCUUGAGAAGGUCGUUAUACUGAAACACAUGUUCACUCUGCAAGAGUUAGAUGAGGACCCUGCAGCAAUCCUCGAUAUCAAAGAGGAUAUUCGGGAAGAGUGCUCCAAGAUAGGAGAGGUGACAAAUGUCGUAUUAUACGACAAGGAAGCAGAUGGAGUGGCCAGCGUCCGCUUCGCCGAUCCAGAAGCUGCAAAGCAAUGCGUAAAGGUUAUGGAUGGUCGUUUCUUUGGCGGUACUCGCGUCGAGGCCUACGUCUCAGCUGGAAAAGAAAAGUUCAAGAAGAGCAACGAGAAACGGGCAGCCUUGGAAGACAUGGCUGAACGAGGCAUUGACGCCGAGGAUGAAGAGGAAGACCAACGACUUGAUGAGUUUGGCACGUGGUUGGAGAGCUCUAAUGUUGUGGAGAACAGUGCGAAAUAGACUUGACUUGUUUAUGCUUGAUGCUCUUUACACUUGGUAUUGGUCACUAUUGGGGAUUGGGGGUCUUCCGCUCAAGUAUGGGGUAACUUUUUGUACAAUAGCGUAGUAUUACAUUAGAUGAACAUGGUUGUUACUUUUCAACAUUAGAACUAAUCCAAUCUGACUCAAAUGCCCA